UCUAGCUGCAAGAAACACAGUUCCAGCAAUCGGGGCCUGCUGUAAUUGCAUCACGUGCUGCCUGUGCUGCCUGUGCUGCCCCAGGCCCAGCCUCCCCAGACUGGCCCGUUUCCUCAGGGACAACCCCAUAGUGGACUUAGUUGCUCGGUGCUGUUCCUGGUUGCUCUCCCGGUUGCGCGAACCAGGUAUAGCCCUUUUGCUGAAAGCAGCUCACGUUUAGAAAUCAAGCGUCAUCUGUUGUUAAACAGUUUUUGGAGUUUUGAAACUGGAGCAAGAUAUAUAAAACCAGAAGCUGGAGGAAGUGUUACCUUCUACCCAAUUAACUCCAGAUACUAUUGUCAGCACAGUCUCUCUAUUUUACAGCACAGAUCCUCAAAUGGGUACCCACAAAAACACUUUACAAUCACAGGAGAAAUCUCCUAAUCUGUCAAAUGGCGGAAGCCUAUCAGACGCAGUUACCAAUCCCUUAUCGUUAACCAAGUCCAAUGAUAAUUCCAAUGACAAUCUUAAUAUCAAUUUGAAUAAUUCAUCUCCCUAUAACUCACUAAGAAAAAAAAAAAUUUCAACCUAUCCCCCAGGUAAAGCCAAAUUAUUAUGGACAAAAUCAAAAGUAUAUAUCCAUCUAACCAAAAAUAAAAGCGACAACAUUUCUGGGUUUUUAUCAUUAAUCAAAGUAUAUCCCACUUCUAUUAAUAAUGAAAUAUUAUUAACCUGGUUUCCUGAAUCAACUUUAUCAAAUUCAAAUGAUCGAGCUAUCUUUGAAUCUUGUGAUUUAUAUAUCAAUUUAAAUCAGUAUAAAUCAAACUAUAAUAGCAACAACCAUGAUAACCACAAUUUCCCUAAUUCUUUCAACACCAAUAAAAAGAAAGUUUUCUUCAUAAAUAGCUCAAUUUUGCAAUCUAUGGGUGCUUACUCAUUCCAAACUCCAUUAUCAAAUAUUUUUUCGAUUCAGGCAAGAGUUCCAUCAUUAGGUUGGUGGUGGGGUUCAAUAAUAAUCAAUUCAAGGUCUCAAUUUGAUACUUUCCCAAUUUUAUUCUUCCAUGAUGAUGAAUCAAUCUCUACUCAAAAGGAACAAAAAUUUAAAAAUAAAGACUUUAAUCCGUUUUCUUCAAAUAAUGAAGGUCAAUUAUUUUGGGGUGGCGACCAAUUCUUCACUAUCUUAAAAAAGUAUAUUCUAGUUGAAAGAUCAUCUCUAGAUUCAUCCUUUUUCUUAAUUAACCCAAAUUCUGAUGACUUGAAUUAUACAAAGUUAGUAACAACAGAUUACAAAUCAAUAAACAAAAAUGAUCCAAAUAACCAAGGGGCAAACAAUAACAAUAUUAAUGAAUCAAUCGAAAAAAUUAGACACACUUUACAAAAUAUUAGUGUCAAUAAAAUAGUUACAAGCGCUAAAUGGACAAUUUUAGAAUCUUUAGCUAGAGUAUCAAUGUUGGCAAAAUCAAAAGUCGACGAAUUAGUAGAAGAAAACCCCAAAGUUAAAGCUCUAUUAAACAAACCUGAAGUUGUUAAAAUUAAUAACGAUUUUGAUACUGCAAGGGUUUAUUUAGCUAAAUGGGCUUUGGCUAUUUCUGAACAAGCCGAAAAAAAUAAAAUUGAUUUAAUUCUUGAUAAAAAUUAUCAAAACUUAUUAAACAAAGAAUUGGGUGGAAAUUUCUCAAACUUAUCUAUUCAAGAAAUCUCAAAGAUUCAUAGAAGAAAAGAAAUUUCCCCAGUUGAAUGGAGCUCAUUUUUCGAUAGUAAUGGUAAUCUAAUUUUAACCGUUAAUGAAGUCAAAGAAAGAAUCUUCCAUGGUGGUUUAAAUGAAACAAUCAGAUCCCAAGCUUGGUUAUUCUUACUAGAUGUAGUUCCCUGGGAUUCUUCAACUUUUGAAAGAAAUCAAAUUAUUAAAUCUUUAAGAUCUGACUAUCAGCAUUAUCUAAAUUUAUGGAAAAUUGAUAUAGAAGAAAAACAAAAAGAUGAGUAUUGGGUAGAUCAAAAAUUUAGAAUUGAAAAGGAUAUAAACAGAACUGAUCGUGAUUUGUCACUUUAUAAAAACCCAAAAAAAUCAUCAACUCAAAAAGAUAAACAAAAUCAAAGUCAUAAUAAAGAUGAAAAUAACGAUAACGAUAACGAUAACGACAAUGAUCAUAACGAUAACGAUGACGAAGAACAUAAUAUUUCUAAUAUUAAAAAUGAACAUUUAAAAAACCUAAGAGAAAUUUUAAUCACUUACAAUGAAUACAAUCAGAACUUGGGUUAUGUCCAAGGUAUGACAGAUUUAUUAUCUCCGCUUUACUACAUCUUUCAAGAUAAUGCAUUAUCAUUUUGGUGUUUUGCAAAAUUUAUGGAGAGAAUGGAGAGAAAUUUUGUUAGGGACCAGUCAGGUAUGAAAAACCAAAUGUUGGUUUUAACUGAGUUAGUUCAAUUUAUGUUGCCCGAGUUGUAUUUACAUUUGGAAAAAUGUGAUUCAAAUCAACUAUUCUUUUUUUUUAGAAUGCUAUUGGUUUGGUUUAAAAGAGAAUUUGAAUUUAAUGAUACUUUAAGAUUAUGGGAAAUCUUUUGGACCGAUUACUAUACUUCAGAGUUUCAUUUAUUUUUUGCUUUAUCAAUUUUAUCGAAACAUGAAGUGAUAAUUAAAAGACACUUAAGACAAUUUGAUGAAGUAUUAAGAUACAUUAAUGAUUUAGCAUUGACAAUGGAUAUUAAUGAUUUAUUAAUCCGCUCAGAGUUACUAUUUUUGAGAUUUAGAAGAAUGAUAGAAAUCAUUGAUAGAGAAAAUGAUAUGAAAGAAAGGGCUAAAAUGUAUAAAGUUCCAAAUGAAAGUGAGGUUGAAACCGAAGUAGAAACUGAAACUGAACUUGAAAAUGACAUCAAUAAUGCCUCUACUAGCAAUAAUAUCAAUCCAAGAAUCAACAGAAUCAAUGCCAAUAGAAUUAGUAAAACUAAAACAUUUAAACCUUCAGAACAAAAGAAACCUAAUGAGUCUACAAGUGAUAAAAAAAAUAAAAAUUAUAAAAUCUCUGAAAGUUUAAGAGCAUUACUAAGUAAAGAAAUUGUGGUGCAGAAAGAAGUUGAAAGAGAGCCAGGAAUGGGAGGCGGUUGAGCGAUGGUUUUGUGCUUUUAUUUUGUGAAUUUUUUUGUCAUUCGUUUUUUUUUGCCAAUUUUUUUUAUUUAACACAGUUUAUUGUUCUUGUAUUUUUCUUUGUUUUAUUGUUAGUUUACUUCAUUCAUUUCAUUAAAAUUGCCUGAAAUUUUUAACUUUUUCUUUUGAUCUUUUUUUUUAGUGGUGGUUUGUUUAAUUUUAUUCUGGCACAGCUAUUUUUUUGUACAAUUUUUCUUUUAAUACAUAAUUUUCGAGUAAAAGUAGCGCAGCAAUCAAGAAACAGAGAAACAAAAAAAAUCAACAUUUCCAAAAGCAUAAAAAUUGAAUUUAUAUUUCUUUUCAAUUAUUAAAGGGUUUGAUCCAAGCCCUUUGGGAACAAGACUCAUAAGAAGCGAUAUGAGAAGCACUGCACAAUUUCCCUAUGAGAU